AUGUUUGGUGAGACAGGCGGCCAAGAAUCGGAGCCCCCAGCCCUUCCACCAGAGCUUCCACUUGCACCUGAAAGAAAUCUGAACAAUAUCACAUUCUUCAAUGGGGUCUUUCAAAACGUGGACAGUGUUGCAUUGUUUUUUGACUGCCUGGGUUCUCACUUCACUUGGCUACAGUCUAUAUUUACCAACUUCCCUGCAUUGCUCCAUUUUGUGAGCAAAAUGAGGUGUGUAACUGGACUUUGCCCCAGGGAUUUUGAAGACUAUGGCUGCUCUUGCCGGUUCGAGAUGGAAGGGCUCCCUGUGGAUGAAGCGGACAGCUGCUGUUUCCAGCACCGCAAAUGUUAUGAAGAAGCUGUGGAGCUGGAGUGCUCAUGGGACCCUGCCAAGAUUUCUAUGGACAUCAGCUGUCUGACGAAAAACAUUACCUGUGAGUUUGGGGAUCCUUGUGAACAACUUCUCUGCAAUUGUGACAAAGUGGCUAUUGAGUGUUUUGUCCACUCACACGUUAACUCUUCCUUGAAUGGCCUGGAUGUCUCCUUCUGUCCAGGUCAGGUUACAGAAACAACUAGCAAGAAAGGAUUGACAACGCUUCCUAUGGAGGAACUUCUGUACCACAGGGGUGAUAACCCACUGCUGACAACUACUUCCAUGACAGAAGGAAUUCCACCUGCAGCCAGCAAUACCAGCUUGAAACCCCCCACUUCUGAGUUUAUCGCAAGAGAUCACGAAGGCACAUCUGCUUCCUUCGUGGAUCCCACGCUAACAGUUACUACAGUGAAGAUCACAGCCACAGCAGCAGCUGCUACUGAAAUUCAGAGGGGGCAGGAAGGCGAUUUAAUUGUAAGUGCACCUUCAGGACUUACAGAGGAUGCUUUCCUGAUGGAAGGACCAACCACAGCCACAGCAGGUAUUAACUCAACAGGGCCAGACGUGAUACCCAGUGGAAACGAUCCCACCACGACAACAGAACAAGAGACAAGCUUUAAGAUAGGAGAAGCGAGCACAGCUUCCUCUGCGAUAUCCCUAGAAGUGACACUCGCUGAGAGGGGACCUGAUGAAGCUGUCAGACAAGUCUGUGACAGAUUCACCUUUCUGCAAAUGAGUGGGAACGGAAAGGUGAAGCGAGAGCUGCCUCGGCUGGGAGAAAUGCUAUUUUGCUUGACUGAUCGAUGCCCACAGGAAUUUGAAUCUUAUGGCUGCUACUGUGGCCAAGAAGGAAGAGGUUAUCCUACAGAUGUACUUGACAGGUGCUGUUUCUCCCACCAAUGCUGUAUAGAACAAGUUAAAAAACUUGGGUGCCAGCCAGAAGGAAGUUUGAGAUCUGAAGUUGUAUGUUUAGAUCAUAAACCGAAGUGCAUUGGCUGGAGCAUGUGUGAGAAGCUCCUGUGUACCUGUGAUAAGACAGCAGCUGAGUGUAUGGCUGCCGCCUCUUUCAAUGAAAGCUUGAGGUUCCUAACUAGGCAAACCUGCCAAGCGAACAAAGCCUCAUGUCAGAGUGGAAUAGCUGAAAGGCCUGCAGGUGACACUGGAGUAGGCACCAGAACCUCCAGCUCUGAGGAGAGCAGUGAGGAGGCAGGUCCAUGGAGGAGUGCUUUAAGAAGAAUAAAGAGAGCUGCACGACACCCCUGGGGAAAAGCCAGAGCCACACUACAGGAGAGAUAG